AUGAACGCUCCGAAUUACGAGGAGAAAGACCCGUAUCGCUUGAAGAAUCAGAUCCGCGCUUGGCAUACGGAUGGCUCCACAACUGCCAUUCCUCACCCGUACGCCACAUACGCGGAGGCUGGCCUGGCCCAGCCGCUGCUCUCUGCCUUCAAGACGGCCGGUUUCCAGGCUCCGACGGGGUCCGGGAAGACGCUGGGCUUCUUGGUGCCGGCCUAUCGCUGGAUGAACUCCGGACAGGGCGUGGGCGUGCAGACACUGAUUCUGGCGCCCACGCGGGAGCUGGCCACCCAGAUCCACGACGAGGCCGUGAAGUUCGCCUCGGCCUCGGGCUGCUCCAGUGCGUGCGUGUACGGGGGCCAGCCCAAACGAGAGCAGCUGCCGGCGGUGCGCGCCGGCGCGCCCAUCUUGGUGGCCACGCCCGGGAGGCUCAACGACUUCUUGGAGUACAAGGACAUCAACCUGGGUGGCGUGGGCUACUGCGUCUUUGAUGAGGCGGAUCGGAUGCUGGACAUGGGCUUCGAGCCCCAGAUCCGAGACAUCAUGAAAAAGGUGCCGAAGCGGCGGCAGACGCUGAUGUUCAGCGCCACCUGGCCCGAGGAAGUGCAGCAGCUGGCGCAUGACUUUUUGAACAUGCCGGUCCACGUGCAAGUGGGCAAUCCAUCCUCGUUGUCGGCCAACGAAGACAUCAGUCAGCAGGUGUGGAUGCUGAAUUCCUCCGACGACAAGGACGCAGCCCUGGUUGAGGCGCUGCAGCUGUACGGCGGGCCUGGCCAGCGAAUCCUGGUCUUCGUCGCCAUGAAGAAGCAGUGCGAUAUGCUGAUGCGGAUGCUCCGGAAGUACGGCAUCUCGGCGGAUACGAUGCACAGCGACAAGGACCAGCAGCAGCGCGAGGAGGCCCUGCAGCAGUUCAAAUCUGGGGAGACGAGCGUUCUCAUUGCCACCGACGUGGCCGCACGGGGUUUGGACAUCAAAGGAGUCACCAUGGUCAUCAACUAUGACUCUGCGAACAGUACGGAAGAUCACGUACAUCGGAUCGGACGCACAGGCCGAGCCGGCCAGAAAGGCUGCAGCGUCACUUUCUUGACCAAGUCAGGUGAAGACGCUUGGAAGGCGAUCGGAAUCGCAGAAGUCAUGCAGAAAGCGGGCUGCACAGUGCCUCCGGAGAUGAAGCAGGUGGUUGAUCGAAUGCUGUGGAGAAGGCAGCAGUCCCAGAUGAAUGACCAGCGCUGGGACAACCUGCCCAAGGUGCUGAUGGUGGCCGAGAAGCCAUCCGUCGCAAAGCUGAUCGCCGAAUUUCUGUCUGGCGGCCGCAUGCGAUUCCGCAAAGGUCAGAGCCGUGCGGUGCAAAUCUAUGAGUUCAACAGCUGGUUCCCCCCAGCGCAUCAGCAGUGCCGAAUAAUGCAGACCUCCACCAUCGGCCAUGUCUUUGGACUGGACUUCAAAGACAACAGGCCCAAGGACAUAGUGGACCUCUUCCAGGACCCCUGCAAAAAGACCAUCGAGGACAACACUGCCAAGAACCGCAUCGUGGAGCACUUCCAGGAGUUGGCCGCGGAAGCCGACUACUUGGCGCUGUGGUUGGACUGCGACAAAGAGGGCGAGAACAUCUGCUUCGAAGUGAUCUCACUAUGUGAGAACGUUCCGGUGGAUAACAUCUACAGGGCCCAGUUCUCCGCGUUGACCGAGCCCGAGCUGAAAGGUGCCUACAACAACUUGGGCCGACCGGACAAGCUGGCGGCGCAGGCUGUGGAUGCUCGGCAGGAGCUGGAUCUCAAGAUCGGGUGUAUUUUCACCCGCCUGAUGACGCGACAAUACUUGCGCCACGCAAUAGACAAGUUCCGGUUGCGAGACCAGACUUGCCUCUCCUACGGGCCGUGUCAGACUCCGACCCUGUGGUUCUGCGUCGAAAGACACAAGGAGAUCCAAAGCUUCCAGAGGCAGGAGUUCUUCAAGCCGAAGGCUUCCGUGACAAUGGAGGGUUGGCCGCUGGAGUUCGAUUGGCUGGAAGGGCAAACCUUUGAUGCAGGCCGAGUGCAGGGGUUGAAAAGUCGGUCCAGCUCAGCAAAGCAAGCGGUGGUGAAGGAGCUUAGAUCACAAAUCAAGACCUUGAGAAAGCCAGUCGGAUUGAACACCGUGCAGCUGCUAAAGGCAGCAAGCACAGGACUUGGUAUGUCUCCCGUGCAGUGUAUGAAAGUUGCCGAACAUUUGUACACCUCCGGCUACAUUUCUUACCCGCGCACAGAGACAACCAGGUACUCCGACACUUUUGAUUUGCACGCGGCGCUCCGGGAGCAAGCGGAUCACCCUGCCUGGGGGAAGACGGUGAGUCAUCUCCUCAGGCAAGGUCAGAUCAGAAAUCCAAAGACUGGCCGGGAUGUCGGAGAUCACCCUCCGAUCACACCAAUGAAAGCAGCACCUAGGGAUGAGUUCAGCAAAGGCUCUGAAUGGAGGUUGUAUGACUUCAUUACGCGGCAUUUCAUUGCAUCUCUCAUGUCCGAUGUGGAGUAUGAGGAAAAGGCGCUCAUCGUCAACUUAGCUGGUGAGGACUUUGCUUACACCUUCCACGAGAUGCGUGAAAGGGGCUUUCUGUUUGCAAUGCCGUGGAAGACCAAAGACUUGAAUUUGAACGAGAUCGACUGGGCCAUGCCGCGCUUGGCACCGGGCAGCCGGCUCUCCGUGGAAGAGGUUUGGGUAGAGAGUGACUUCACCAAGCCACCGGACUACUUGAAGGAGAGCGAAUUGGUGGCGCUCAUGGACAAGCAUGGAAUCGGCACAGAUGCUUCGAUUCCUCAGCAUAUCGAGAACAUUUGCAACCGGAACUACGUGAUGGUUUGUGGACCUGGGGAGGAUGGCCAGCGCGGCGAACGAAUCCCCAAGGGUGGCAAGAAGGGCAAGGGCAAAGGAAAGAAAGGCAAAGAUGGCAAGGGCCAAGGAGAGAGGCCUCAGUCGCGGCACAUGGUUCCGACUGCUCUGGGCCUGAGCUUCUGCGCGGCCUUCGAGGAGCUGGAUGCUGAAUUGUGCCGGCCACCGAUUCGGGCGUACAUGGAAAAGCAAUGUGCCCAGGUGGCAGAAGGAAUCCUGAACAAGGAAGAUGUGGUGAAUGAAAACAUCAAGCUGUUUGAAACCAAGUUCCUGAGCUUCAGGAACCGCAUCAGCCAGCUCGACAAGUUCUUCGUAUCAAAAGAAGUGGCGAAUACCAUGGGAUACAGAGGUGCCGACUGGGGCGGUGGCAACAGCCAGUGGGGCGGCGCCAAUGGCGGAUGGGCCGGCAAUGGCGGCGGAUGGGGCGGUGGACAUGGCGGAUGGGGUGGAAAUGGCGAUGGUGCCAGAGUCUGGAAGAGCGGAAGUGGCAGGGGGAAGGGACGGAACUGAGGAACUGAGAGAUCUCUUAGUCUCUCUCAGUCUAAACCCCCAAGUUUCACUACGGCCACAAAGUCUGGGCCUCCAAUCGGUCUGUAAAGCUUUGUUUGUCUUAGCUGCAGGAUGUGACGUGCAAGG